AUGAAAAAUUUAUUUGAAAGUUCUUUAACUGAACUAGAAGAAUUUCAUUUGUACGGCGUUACAGAUAAAAUCUUAUUCUAUGAUGGAAUUAUUCAAUCAUUUCAACAUAAAUUCUGUCAUUCCAAGACUUCAGAAACAUUUACUCAUCAACAUUAUUAUUCUAACGUUGAUCGAUUGCUGAUAUCUGAAUUACUGGAUGAAACAGACCAUGAUUACCCACCAACAUUUGUCUCUAAUCUUAAUGAAGUACUAGAUUUGGCAAAAUUGAAAAGUUUAGAAAUCUGUGAAGGAGAAUAUUUUGCAGUGAGUAGUGAUACGAUGUUGAUCUUAUUGAAAAAUGCACCAAAUCUCUCAACAAUAAUUAUAUCUGGGAGCGAUUAUGGUGGGUUGAUAAAUAAUUUAUUACGUGAUACUGAUAAUGAAAAGUACAAUGAUUUAUUUUUAUAUAUAAAUCGUAUGAUUAAAAGAGUACAAUACGAUCCUGGCUUAGGAGAAUUCAGUAGUGAAGAAAGACAAACAUUAUCAAAAAUAUUUUCCAAUGUACAAUAUUUCCAUUAUGUUUAUCGCUAUGACGAUCGCGAUAUUGAAGCAGUUAUAGAUUGCGAUGAUUUCUUGUCAACUAUAUUGAAUACAAUGACAAAAUUAAUCUGUUUAAAUAUUGAAAUAGAUUCUUUUUGGAAUGAUCUUAACAAGGCAGAAAUGAACUCGUUGGCAAACAAGUUGGAUCUGAUGAAGUAA